GCGCGAUCCCUGAGCGGUGCCCCGGACCCUGCGCGCAGGGAUGGCCUCCAAUUUCAACGACAUCGUCAAGCAGGGCUACGUGCGCAUCCGCAGCAGGCGCCUGGGGAUUUACCAGAGAUGCUGGUUGGUGUUCAAAAAAGCUUCAAGCAAAGGGCCRAAGAGGCUGGAGAAGUUCUCAGAUGAGCGUGCUGCUUACUUUAGAUGCUAUCACAAGGUCACAGAGCUCAAUAAUGUGAAGAACAUAUUGCGACUGCCAAAAGGCACGAAGAAGCAUGCUGUUGGGAUUUAUUUCAGUGAUGACACAUCCAAAACCUUUGCUUGUGAGUCAGAUUUUCUGGGCAUUUAUACAGAACUUGAGGCGGAUGAGUGGUGCAAGGUGUUGCAGAUGGAGUGUCUUGGAACACGAAUUAAUGACAUUAGCCUUGGAGAACCUGACUUGUUGGCAUCUGGAGUGGAAAGGGAGCAGAGUGAGAGAUUCAAUGUGUAUUUGAUGCCAUCCCCUAAUUUAGAUGUGCAUGGGGAAUGUACCUUGCAGAUAACAUUUGAGAAUAUCUGUCUUUGGGACAUCCAGAAUCCCAGAAUAAAACUCAUCUCUUGGCCAUUAAGUGCCCUCCGACGCUAUGGACGGGACCCCUCUUGGUUCACAUUUGAAGCAGGGAGGAUGUGUGACACAGGGGAAGGACUAUUCAUCUUUCAGACAAGAGAAGGGGAAGCAAUCUAUCAGAAGGUGCACGCGGCCGCUCUGGCCAUAGCAGAGCAACACGAGCGCCUGCUGCAGAGUGUGAAAAAUUCAAUGCUGCAGGUGAAAAUGAGCGAGCGGGCCGUGUCCCUGAGUGCCAUGGUGCCCUUGCCCCGCAGUGCCUAYUGGCAGCACAUCACGCGGCAGCGCAGCACCGGCCAGCUGUACGGCCUCAAAGAAGACGUUUCUAGCCCAAUGAAGCUUCAUCGAACGGACACUUUUCCCACCUACAGAUCAGAGCAUCGAUAAAAGACCAUAAAGAACUUUACAAACUCUUUGUCUUCUGCCCCCAUGGAUAGCCGUGAUGAUGAUAAGCAAGGAUAGAAACAUUGGAAAAAUGCAGGUUGGAUGAAAAAUUCUUGCAAUACAGAUUUUUUUUUUUAAACCCUACUAAAAGGUAAAUCUGUUCUGUAGAUAAUUAAAAAAAAAAUAAAAAAAAAUCAAGCAAACCCUCCAGUGUGUGUUUUGUAUCUUACAGCUGUAUGGAGAAGGAAUUUCUCCCUAAAUGUUCUAGAUGUUUUUGUAUAAUAUGUAUGUUGUAAAUACCCAACUUUGGUUUUAUAGUAGUAUGGCUCCACUGUGUCCAUUACCGUUGCAGUUCUCUGUGAGCUCUGUAGGAGUGUCAAGCUUCAUGUUUGUUUUAUUUAGUUAUAAA